AUGUAUAAUUAUUUAUAUACUUCAUUUUAUUUAUUCAAUUUUCAGGAGGAAAUUUUAAAAAAACUACCUUCAAAUGAGAUAUAUAAAGAAUUUAAAUCUGAAAUAAAUAAAGAAGAUAACAAAAUUAAUUGUGAUAUAUUUAAUUCAGUAAAAGGGGAAUACAAAGAUAAUUAUGUUAAACUUUGUAAAAAUGUUGUAAAAAAUUUUAAAUCAUUAUAUGAAAAGAGCAAAUUAGAAAACUACACUGACAUUUGUGAACAUUAUAAAUACUGGAUAUAUGAAGAAAUAGGGAAAUUGUUUGAAAGUAAACCUCCCAAUGAAGAUGUUAAAACUGUUAUCACGGAAUUUCUAAAUUUACAAUCCUUUCUUACUAGAACUUACGGAAUAUAUAAUUGCAAAUAUCAUUUUGUUGACAAAGACUUAAAUGAAUUGAAUGAAAAAAAAGAAGAGAAAUAUUUGCAUGAUUAUUUUGCAAAUUAUAAAAGAAUUAAAAGUAAAGACAUUUGUAAUAAUAUACAGAUUAUUAAAUACCAAAAAUACAUCAGUUAUAUUAAUAAAAUAUAUGCAAAAAAGAAGGAGAAAUGUUGUAAGUCAGGAAUAUUAGCUUGUCCACAUUAUUUUUUUAACUGUGGUGAUGAAUUUAAUCCAGAGAAAAUAUUAUCUCUAUUAAUAUCUCAAAAUGAUGUUAGCUGUAAUGGACUAGAAGUUUUUACGGAAACUAAAACCGUUGAUAAAAAAUCAGAUUCUGACUAUUUUGGAAAAGGUUUUCUGGACUCAAUUCUUCUUACAGAUUGUCCUAUUAAAGAUAAUAGUCCACGCUUACGGUGUGGUUUCAUUCGAGUAUCCUCUUUGAGAUCUAGAAAUAAAAAUGCAGUUGAACACAAUGGACAACAAUCAAAUUCAUGGAGUUCAUAUUCAGGAACUCGUAUGAGAAAAGCCAAUGCAGAUUUAUCAGAAGUUCUAGGUGAAAAAACUAGUAAGGAAUUUGCUCAUAAGUCAGAAGAAAAAAAUAAAAUGUUAUUAGAUGGAAAUAUAGAUAAUGGAUUUCGGUGGAAUUAUAAAAAGGGAGGAUUACGUUGUUUGCCUAACAUAUCAGAGGAUGAUAAAUACGGAU